AUGGAAGUUAAUCAAUGUUGUCGUUUAAUAAAUGAAAUAAGUCGAGGAACUAUUGUUGCAUAUCCACUUGUUCAAUCUCAACAUCUACAUGGUCAACAAGAAAAUAUUGAACAUGGAACAGUAUUCUUUUCAACAACAGUUGCUGAAACAUCUUUAACAUUUCCUUCUUUAAAAUAUGUUGUUGAUACUGGUAUGAUUAAUACACCUAUUUAUGAUAUUGAAUCAAAACGAACUAUAUUAAAAGAAGUUCGAGCAGCUCAGUCAACAAUUAAACAAAGACUUGGACGCUUAGGUAGAACACAAUCAGGGGAAUAUUAUUCAUUAUAUAGUUUUAAAGUUGAUGAUCUUUUAUAUCCAACUCCACAAAUAUUUCAAUCAGAUUUGAUGAAUAAUGAAUUUUCAUUGCGAAAAUCACCAUUACAAAAAGGAUUAGAUUAUAUGAAAACAUUUCUGCCUGAUAAACCAUCACAACAAUCAAUUGAUACGACCAUUCAACAAUUAAAACAAUUAGGUUAG